AUGACUGUGCCGUUCCGGGUCAAGGCUCUCUAUGAGUACAGCUCGCCUCACGAAGAUGAUCUAAACUUUGAUGUUGGCCAAAUCAUCACUGUCAACGAAGAAGAAGAUGACGAUUGGUAUGGGGGCGAAUACGUUGACGACCAUGGCGUGAAAAAGGAGGGCAUCUUCCCUCGCAACUUUGUUGAGAAGUUCGAGCCUACUGCCCCUCCCCGGCCGGCGAGAUCACGUCCCAAAAAGGAACCCGAAGCUCAUAUGUCGGAGGAUGUUACUGCUCCGGCACCACCGCCGCCUGCUCCAGUUCAUGAGCCAGAGCUGGAGCCCGAAAAGGAAGAAGAACUCCAACAUGAACCUGAACCCGUGGAGGCCGAGCGCUCUGUCCCCAUCGUCCCAGUGCCAGUGACAGCCAAGCAUUCGGAACCGGCUCUUGCGAAGUCUCACGAGGCUACCACAGCACCAUCAGCUGGCCCCAAACAGGCUGAAGCUUCGGCUUCAAAACCCAAAUCCGGUCCUCCGGUUUCCGAAAAACCGUCGAGCAACUCAUUCAAAGAUCGUAUCGCCGCGUUCAAUAAACCGGCGGCGCCGCCUGUCGCUCCAUUCAAGCCUAGUGGCUUAGGCGCAAGUAGCGGCUCGUCUGGAUUUGUGAAGAAGCCUUUUGUCGCACCGCCUCCUAGCCGCAACGCAUACGUACCGCCUCCGCGAGAGAAGCCGACCACGAACAUCUAUCGCCGCGAAGAAGACCCCGAAAUCAAGGAGAGGCAGGCCGAGGCUCUGGGCCAGGCAGAGGUAGCCGGAUUGGUUCCGGGCGAACAGUCUCAAGAAGUUGGUGCCGAAGAUGACCAACCUAAGCCUACUAGCUUAAAGGAACGCAUCGCUUUGCUCCAGAAGCAGCAAAUGGAACAAGCCCAGCGUCAUGCCGAUGCGGCUGCUAAGAAGGAGAAACCAAAAAAGACGGUAAAGAAGAAGCCCGAAGCCGCCCCUCAGGGUGAGGCAGAUGUAGAAGCCGAAGAAGGAUCUCUUUCAACUUCGUUAGAACGGGUCGAAUCUGGAGAAACCGAAGCCAGAACCAGAACUUCGACAGAUGAUACCCAUGCUAGAGCACCUCUACCAAGACGCAGAUCUUCCAAGGCUCUUACAGCGAAUGAGUCGCAUGAUGGAAACGAGGCCGAUAUGUCUGGUGCUGGUGACACCACCGAGGGCCAUGAUGAUACUACCGAGCGUGAAGAUAAUGAGGAGAUGCUACGACAUGUUCAGCGUGUUCCAACGGCAUCUACCGCGACUGCACCUGGACUCCAUCGCAAGAUCGAGGAGGCAAAUGAAGAAGAAGGGGAGGCUGAAGAGGAAGAAGAGGAAGAAGAAGUCGACCCUGAGGUUAGGCGUAAAGAAGAAUUGCGUGCUAGAAUGGCAAAGAUGAGUGGUGGCAUGGGCUUCCAUGGCAUGUUUGGUGCUCCAAUGCCACCAAUGGCCAAGGCUCCGCCUAAAAAGAAGACAGUCAAAACUGCGGAAGCGUCAGGAGCCGAUGAAGAUGUUCAGGAAACGGCUCCUCGCGCGGCACCACUGGUCCCGACUCCUAUGGCCCUACCCGGCAUGGGCACUGCUGUCGCCCCCAGCCGAGGCCAUCCAGCGGACGAAGAGGAGGAGGACGCUGAUGGUGAUGAAGCCACUCCAGUUCAAUCAAGAAUUGUGCCUCCUCCAGUCCCUUCACGGGAACAUCAAGCAGAUUCUGGUGAUGAGGAAGAAGAUGAGGCAACGACCCCGGCGCCCAUUUCCGAGGUGUCUUCACCUCGUCGAGAUAUGAGCGGUCCUCCGCCUAUUCCUGGUGGUCGACCAGCACCUCCUCCAGUACCUACAGAGUCCCGGGCGCCACCCCCGCCAUCCCCAGCUGACAUCAAAUCACCUACAGAAGGGUCGGAAUCAGAUGAUGAGCUUUCUGGAGGCGCAAGAGAAAAGGACUUGGAGCAGACCAGCACUCAAACCAGACGUCUACCUCCAAUGCCACCGGCACCGGCUGCUCCUCCCCCCAGAUCGCCACCGCAGUCUCCUCGCGGAGACGACACUUUGGGGCAAUCUCCUACAACUGUUGCUAGCAAGCGAAGUAGUCGACCACCACCUCCAAUUCCCGGAUCGGCGCCGGCACCUCCGCCAGCUUCGAGCCGGCCGCCGCCGCCUCCGCCGCCUGGUGGUUUGAGCCGGCAAUCAACAGCAGAUAUUCCUACGCCCACACCAACACGCCCUCCACAGGCUGGAGAGGAGGAGGAUGAAGAGGUUACGGAAUAUGACGGCGACUAUGAUACUGAUAUUGCUUCCAGUGUCCCCCACAAGGAUGCUCUGAAGUCACACGCUCGAGACUCAAGCUUGGAGGAUAACACCCUUACGUCGCCAACUCGAGACACCGCUCCUAAUAUCCCCCCUCCUAUUCCAUCUGCCGCAGCGCCUCGAGCUGUCCCACCUCCUAUUCCUAGCCAACCGCCUCUAGAUCAUAAGCGACGCUCGGUCGAUGUUCCUCGCGCAGCUCCACCUCCGCCUCCAAAGGAGGCCGCUCCUACUGCAGUCCAUGACGCAGGGGAUUAUGAUCCAUAUAACUAUUCUUCACCGCCGCCGCCGCCAUCAAUGGGAUCCAGCUACGGCCAUAAAACACCAAAGAUUGACGAAGAAAAUGUAUACUUCUCUGGACCAUCAUCUCCCACUGAACGCCGAGUACCGCCUUCUGCACCGCCGCCUCGGCCUAGCAACAAACAGUCAAUGGAUAUUCCAAGAACAAGCACAAGCAACAGGAGAUCCAUGGAUAUGCACCGGCCUUCUGUUGAAUCAGAUUUCAUUGCGAACGACCUUGACCUUGCAGUGCAAAGUGGAUGGUGGAAACAGGCGAAUCAAGUCCCACCCGUCUUCCAGGGACGCAAAGACAUUCAUUUUGAAAGCGAAGAGACAACUACGACUAAUCAGGGCUCCAAGACAGUAAUCACGCGGGAUGUGUUUGUUCUCUUCCAAGAUUAUUCACAGACUGUGGUUACCGUCCGAUACGACCCCUAUGAUCCGUCAGAUGUAGAGCUGGAGCAAAGACAUGAGCCACCCCCGCGAUCCCUUCGCCAGGACCAGAUGGAGGAGUUUUAUGAACGUUAUGGCAGGCAAAUCUCGGAAGCUGCCACGGCCAAAAAGGACACAGUCGUUAGUGAUGGGACGCCUCAAGGGUUUGUCAUGGAGCUACUUCGACCGCUGAGUGGUGCCCUCCCGCCUGUUGGUACACGUUCAUACGGUGCCCUAGUCUACGCCAACAUGGCCAACGCAUCUACUCAACAGCAAGACGUCAUCCGAGCAGGAGAUAUCAUUUCAUUCCGCAAUGCCAAGUUUCAGGGCAAACAUGGACCCAUGCACGCCAAAUACUCGACAGAAGUUGGCAAGCCGGACCACGUCGCGGUAGUUGCUGAGUGGGACGGGACAAAGAAGAAGGUUCGUGCAUGGGAGCAAGGGCGGGAGAACAAGAAGGUAAAGAUGGAGAGCUACAAGCUGGACGACCUGAGGAGUGGUGAGGUCAAGAUUUGGAGAGUUGUCCCCCGGACCUGGGUGGGCUGGAACAUCCAGCCGUAG